AUGGCAAAAACUUAUCUUCGACUCAAUAAUCGGCAGACUGGACUUCGAGGCGAUGCAUCGAAUUCUGCACAAAAAUUCAACGCUGAUCCAUAUGAGAAUAUCCUUGGGGUCCGUGCCCAAGUUGCCUCACAACACCUGAGCCAAAGUGCUUGCCCGGGAGUGGAAUUUGUGGGUCUCGCCAUUGCAGUGCCCCUUCCAGUGCUCCUACACGCGCCUGCUCUGUCGAGAGCUUCUUCAGUACAGCACAAGUACAGUACGCCAAAUAUAUAUCUCUUCUGGCAAGCUCCCUCUGCGAAUCACUUCAGCAUUUCAGGCAGUGGACUUCCUGCCCAGGUACAGAUACGUGCAAUCUGGGCCAUUACGUAUCCUAAAAUGCCACAAGAGAGUACUUUAAAUGGACUGAAAGCCAGCGAGAGGUCUAAAGUCUUGGGAAUUCGGCCACACGUUAUCGGACAAUCCAAUUUAAUUUGCAGAAUGGAUUUCGCACCUGGGGGACACAACGAUCCCUGGCAGCAGUGUCGAAGCUCUAACCGUGAUGGUCGAAUUUCUUACAAAUAAGAAGCUUUUCUUCAUAUGAAUCUCGUGAUAUCAAUGCCAUGGAACUUCUUUUUUGUUUUUUAAUGUUUUCAGAUAAAGAUGUCUAUUAAUUAAGAGAGAAAAUGUUCUAAAAAUUCUGUUCGGGCCAGCGGCUAUUUAAGCGUCUAUUUCU